AUGACUCGUCGAAGAAAUGACUCAGUAACUGAGCAACUCUCUUCACUAAAACAAGAGCGAACAUCAGUGGAACGAAACAUUCUAAGCAUAAAGGCGAAGGUAGAGAAGGAAUUAGCGUAUGUGGAUGUUAGCAUUUUAAAAUGUCGACUGCAAAUUUUGGAAUUGUAUUUUACAGAAGUUUGUCAAAUACAAAGUAAAAUUGAACGAGCAUGUCCGGAUGAUGAUAGGCGUAGCAAAUUAGAGGACAUAUAUGUCAGCAUAAAAUCACUUAUUGUGUCCACAAUCAACAAUCAAAAAAUAAAGCCGAUACAUGAAUCAAGUGUAUUGAAUUCGUCGAUUUUAAACAACUCCUCACAUCAUAGUCGUUUACCAGCAUUGAAAUUGCCAAGAUUUGAUGAUAUGACGAAGGGCGACUCAAUCACACUCAGGCAUAUUGUAGAUACAGUGUCUGCUUUAUUUGGUUCACUUCUAUCGUUGGGUUCGGAAGCAGACAUUCUGAACGCCAUAAUUAUUCAUUUAGUGUUGUCUAAAGUGGAUAACGAAACUAAAAUUUUUUAUGAUUCUCAGCAAGAUUUUGAGUCAUUGCCAUCUUGGGAAAGUUGCUACACACUUUUGAGUCGAAGAUGUCAAUUUCUGGAAAGCAAUUCGAAAAGAUGCAAUGAUGAUAAAGUAAAUGAUACCAAAAAUAAUUCUUUUAACAGAAAAUUGACCACAUUUGUUAACACCAAAAUCAAUUGUAUGAAGUGGCACGUCGUUAAAAAUUGUCAAUCCACAGCUCGCUGUCGAAUAUGCAAUGGUAUGCAUCAUACGUGUUUGCAUAAAUUCAAACCCAUCGAGCAAAAUGUGAGACCAAAUUUGUCAGACAGUCCACCUGGACAACUAAAUUUUCCGCAAUCUCCAUCAAUUUCUCUAGUAUCGCGUACUAAACAACGAUCAUUGAUUCCCACAGCUGUAGUACUUAUUAAGGAUAAGUACGGUUUAUACCAACCUAUACGACGAAUAAACCAGGAAGUGUCAGGCAUUGGUGAUGUUAGAACACAAAUUCGCCAUUCAAUAACUGCAACUAUAAAAUCUCGAAUAUCAAAAUUUGAAUGGUCAUCGCAAUUCGCUGUCACUAAACGUAUCUCAUUGAACCAUCCAGAGCAGUUGAUAGACACAACAUCGUGGAAUUUUCCUGAAGGCCUUGUUUUAGCUGAUCCAUUAUUUUUUAAACCACAACACAUUGACUUAUUAAUAAGUACGCAGGGAUUUUUUGAAUUAAUAUUAGAUGGGAAAAUUGCGUUAGGCACCAGCCUUUCAUGUUUAUUAAAUACCGAAUUAGGGUGGAUCAUCGGAGGACAAUACAAAAAUACGCCUACUGUCCGAGCACUCACUUGUAAAUACUUUCAGUCGUCUAAUAUAGAUUCAAUGUUACAAAAAUUUUGGAAAAUUGAAGAAUUAGAAAGCAAUCAAAAACUUAAUUACUCUAAGGAGGAGUUGGAUUGUGAGAAACAUUUUGUAGAAAAUACCACAAUUUUAAGUAAUGAUCAAAUACAAGUUCGGUUACCAUUUAAAGAGUCUCCAGAAGUCUUAGGUGAAUCAUUUGAAAUGGCGAAACGAAGAUUCCUUUCACUUGAGCGUCGAUUAGAGCGUCAGCACACUCUCAAAGAGGAUUAUGUUAAGUUCAUGCAAGAAUAUUUGAUGUUAGGUCAUAUGAGUCGUGUCGACAACUUUGAUAAUAUCACACCGCACUAUAUAAUACCUCAUCAUUGCAUAUUGCGGCCUCAAAGUACCACAACAAAAUUGCGCGUCGUAUUUGAUGCAUCUGCACGCACAUCAUCGGGUCGAUCACUUAAUGAAAUCUUAAUGGUGGGACCUACAAUUCAGCAGGAUCUUAUUUUGACAUUAUUGACAUUUCGUUUACAUCGCUAUGCACUGACUGCGGAUAUAUCAAAAAUGUAUCGACAGUUUGUAGUUGAUCCAAGAGAUCGUAAUUUCCAAUUAGUUAUUUGGAGAAAUACUGUUAAUGAACCUCUGCAACUUUUUCAGCUCAACACAGUAACUUACGGAAUGUCAGCAGCACCAUUUCUGGCCAUCAGAAGCCUGACUUACCUUGCAAAUACGUAUCAAAAGGAGAUGCCAAUUGGAGCUUCAGUUUUGAGCAAUGACUUGUAUGUUGAUGACUUGCUAACGGGAGUAGACACAGUUGAAGAGCUUUGCAUCAAAGUAUCACAAGUGACUAAGAUAGCAGCAAAUGCAGGAUUACAAUUGGCAAAAUGGAGCUCCAACCACAAAAGUUGGGUAAACUCAAGUGACGAAUACCAAAUUCUUUUAAACGAAGAUGAUAUUACCAAAACUCUCGGUUUGGCGUGGAGGCCAUCAGAUGACAUUUUUUGCUUUCAAUAUAAGCAACAAGAGUCAAAGGCUGCGACCAAACGUACUAUUUUAUCAGUUGUUGCUCGAAUUUUUGAUCUUUUAGGACUAUUGAGUCCUAUUGUUAUACGGUGUAAAAUCUUAAUACAGGAAUUAUGGAUUCAUCAACUGAGUUGGGAUGAUCCAUUGCCUCCACUUCUAAACCAAUCAUGGAUACAAAUUCAAUCUGAUUUGGAAUAUCUUAACCACAUUGUAGUGCCAAGAUAUGUUUUAACAUCAUCAGCUUGCAACAGUCAGGUACACGGAUUUGCUGAUGCUUCUCAACGAGCAUUCGGAUGUUGUAUACAUUAA